AGUGCUACAUAACAGUAAGAUUCAUUGACACUUAAAACUACCAUGACUUUGUGUAGUCUUGAGUCAAGGGAGGACUUCCCUGAGAAACAGGAGACUCAGACACCAGGAGGACAAAGGAUUAAAGUAAAACGCUGUGCACGCACCAGAUUCCUGUUAGUGGCUGCCUACAGAGAAGUACAGUGAGUGAGUGGUUGGGAAAGUCCAGCGCCGCAGAGUUCAGACUCACUGAAAAUGGAUUUGAAGAAGUUCGUGAGUCCUCCUGCCAACUAAACCACUUCCUGCAUUUUGUGAGGACCAUAAAGAGGACAAAGCGACAGGCAAACCUCACAGAUUCACACUGACAGGGGCCAAUGAAGACGCUGGGUCAGGCGGGUCAUAUCUGGGAAUCGGAAUCUUUGACCAGUGACAUCAUUUCCCGAAGUUGUAUACAAUACCUGGGAAAAUUUCAUCCACAAAGAACGUCACGCUGCAGCUGCCUGUGAAGUUGUCAGUUACGCACAAUUCAGUAUAUGGAAGGAAACAAACGUGGGCUAAUACAUAUUUGACGGAGAAGCAAUGGGAGGGAACUCUGCUGAGGAGAGCUGAAGUGGCCAUGAGACAGCCCAACCGGAAGAGGAAGAUCAGCAUGGAGUCCAGAGAACUCGUGGAUCGCGAUGGGUGGUUGGGUCAAACUGAAGAAGAAGAGAAGCCCAGAGGCGGUGCCGCAGUUUUAAGCCGAGAGCCUUCUGUGACUACAGGGGAAACCUGGUCCUGGGAGCAGUACUUAAGAGACUGGAGUGCUGUGGCCGCACCCGUUGAGCUGUUUUCCAAGGACCAGUCCUUUCCUGAACAUGAAAAUGGCUUUCAGGUUGGAAUGAGACUAGAAGGCAUCGAUCCCCGGCGUCCGUCUGUGUUUUGUGUGCUUUCUGUAGCUGAGGUGUGUGGUUACCGGCUGAGACUGCAUUUUGAUGGUUAUUUGAGUUGCUAUGAUUUUUGGACCAAUGCUGGUUCCCCGGACAUUCACCCUGUGGGGUGGUGUGAAAAGACCAACCACAAAUUGCACAUCCCGAAGGGUUAUAGAAAAGAUAAAAUUGUUUGGAUGGAUUACUUGAAGGCCUGUAGAUUGCAAAAUGCUCCUAAGAAAUUAUUCAGAAACAGAAGUUCUAAUGUGCCAGUGCCCAAGGAGUUCCAGGUUGGGAUGAAACUGGAGGCUGUGGACAGAAGGAACCGUUGCUUGGUGUGUGUGGCGACCAUUGCGGACAUCAUGGAAGACCGCAUCCGCGUGCAUUUUGACAACUCCGAUGAAGGCCUUGAUUACUGGUAUGACGUUGACAGUCCUCAUGUCCAGCCUGUUGGUUGGUGUCAGGAGAAUGGAAGAACUCUGGUAGCACCCCAAGGUUAUCCUGAUCCAGAGAACUUUUCCUGGACAGAAUAUCUGGAAGCCACUCAAGCAAACACGGUGCCUGCCAGAGUUUUCAGCACGAGGGCUCCACACGGCUUUCUGCCAAACAUGAAGCUGGAAGCUGUGGACAAGCGAAACCCCAGGUUGAUUCGUGUCGCCACCCUUAUAGAUGUUGAUGACCACAGGGUAAAGAUCCAUUUUGACGGCUGGGACCAUAAAUACGACUACUGGAUGGACGCUGACAGCCCUGACAUUCACCCCAUUGGGUGGUGUGACUUGACAGGGCAUCCCUUGGAAGUACCGUAUGGGACAAAUGAUGUGAAAAUCCUUCCAGGUCAAGCUGUGUGUCCCACUCCCGGGUGCCGAGGAAUAGGCCAUAUCCGUGGCCCACGUUAUGCGGGACACCACAGCGCUUUUGGAUGCCCAUAUUCAGACAUGAACUUGAAGAGGGAGGCGGCCCCUCAGGAUCGCCUGAGAGAACAGACACAACAGGCACAUUUGGAAUCAGAUUCCUCACAUUCCAAAUCAGAAAACCUCCGCAAUUUGGAUUUCAAGGGACAAUGUGAAGAAAUGAGCAGUCAGUCCAGACUUGUACAGCAGGCAAAGUGUUUGAAAAUCAAAGGAAAAGAAGAUAUUGACUUGGAUAAUCUCUUCAGAGUUCUUACUGUACACCCUAGGAGCUUAGAAUACUCGGCAGAACAGGCCCAGCAGCAGGUGUUUCAGCAGCCGACCUUCAUGGCAUCCACGUCCGCCCACCCCUUCCGGGACCUCGCCCUGGGCUGGGAGCAGCACCGCAAGCUGCUUCCGGGUGUGGCCAGUAUCCAAGUCAACAAAGUGGCCGGGUGGACAGUGGAUGAGGUGGCUGAGUUUGUACGAUCUCUUCUGGGCUGUGAAGAACAUGCCAAGUGCUUCAAGAAAGAGCAGAUAGAUGGCAAAGCCUUCUUGCUUCUGACCCAGGCAGACAUUGUCAAAGUGAUGAGGAUCAAGCUGGGUCCAGCACUGAAGAUUUAUAAUUCCAUCCUGAUGUUCAGGAACUCCCGGGACAUCACUGAAGAUGAUGUUGCUGCAGGCCAAGAAUCUAGGAGAUAAACGUGCUCCUGUGUAACCCCCGGCACUGGAACUUGUGCUUUUGGAAGCAAGGUUGGAAGUCAUCCAUUUGAAUUUAACGUCCCCGUGGUUAGACCCAUAUUUAGUCCAGGCCCUUUCAAGUGUCUGGCUUAGGUGUCCGGCGGACUUUUGAAAAAUGAUGAAAAGCCAAUGACUCAGACACUUAGUUAGGUCCAAGUGUGGGAUUUUAUGGCAUCCUUACUGCAACAGACUGAAGAAGCCGUCCAUAUGCCUGACCACCAUCCUCUAUGGAAAAAAAAAAAAAAAACAACUAAAAAAACAAACCAUUUUCCAUUCUGCAAACAUUAAGUGUCUCAAGUGGUAAAACACCAGAAAAUCAGUUCACGGAUGCAUCAUUAAUGUGUUCACCGGAAACACAUCUGAGCACGGUUCACAUUUGUCAUCUGGGCACGUUGAGUCUAAGAGAUAGGAGCCUAGUGUGCUCACGAAAGACUCAUGAGGUACUGUGCCCUUAACUCAGGAAAAGUGUGCGUCUCUUAAAAGGCGCUAACAAGCACAUUGUUUCCACGGUCCACAUUGUCGUCAUUUCUUUCAAUGAUUCCCUGAGUGUGGAGCCAAGGUGGCCCGGAGCCUACUCCAAAGAGUGCCUAGGGCCAGGCAGUGGUGGCGCCCGCCUUCAAUUCCAGCACUUGGGAGGCAGAGGCAGGUGGAUCUCUGUGAGUUUGAGACCAAGCCUGGUCUACCUAGCGAGUUCCAGGACAGCCUCCAAAACAAUACAGAGAAAUCCUGUUUCGAAAAAAAAAAAAAAAAGAGUGCCUAGAAGUCUCAGGAGAGUCGUUGGGCACUUCAGGAAGCGGAUGAGACGCUCAAGAGGACCCACCAUCAGGGCUGUAUCCGGAGUUCGCUCCCACUCUGAUGAAGCGAACUUCAGAACGAACCCCUCCUUCACCUGUUGGUGCUGAAGCAAGCCUGUCUGGUUCAGGUCCCAUCCCCACAGAGGCAUGUCUGCGGCAGGACGGAAAACCUCCCCCAGAGAGAGGCUCCGGAUCUGAUGCUUGGCUGAAUUCCUCUGACAGGUUCUUAGACCUCGGUCAUAUCUGAGAAGUGAGUGUGUCUGAGAUUGGAGUUGUGGACAGACCACUUCAUAAUUAUAAAAAAAAAAAGGAGAACCGCCAAGUCUACAACUGUUUCUGCUCCUUUUCAUAGUUGCUACUAAAACUGCCUUUAGGGUGUGACACGGAGGGGGAAGCAGACCUCACAAUGUCCUCCUGCCACAUUAAUAACAUCCCCAGUUUAACACAGUUGAUUCUGCUUGGCGAGCUUCUCUAACUUUAGGUCACUGAAGGAGAAAAAGACUUGAAAGCAUAUAUAUCGUGUUCUUUAAAUGCUUAAUCGAGCAUAAAUUUAACAUACUAUCAGGUGGUGCAAAUUUGUUUCUGGGAUGUUUUGUUUCUCCUUUUUUUGUACAUUUCCAUAUGCAAUAAAAAUUCCUGCUUCUACUGUUAAA